AUGCUUUUGCACCAAAUGCAUUUGUCCUUGCCCGCCUUGACCACUAUCCUCCUCGCCCGACCCAUAACCGCAGCGUUCAUCCCCGACCUUCUGCGUAGCUUCGACGACCUUCAGGACGUCCGGAAACGAUGCGACAACCCUUGCGGAUAUUAUGGGCAACUCUGCUGUGAAGAGGGUGAAUCAUGCUACACCGACGCCAACGACCAGGCACAAUGCGGGCCCGGGCAAGUCACCCAAGCCACGACUGCGGCCGCCGGAUCAUGGGAAUACUAUACCACAACCUAUGUCCAGACCGACCUCAAAACUGUCACUGCAACAUUCAGCUCAUUCAUUGCCCAAAGCACAUUGAGCUGCGCUUACUCCCUAGGUGAAAGCGCCUGUGGCAAUGUCUGCUGUUUAUCGGGACAAUUCUGUCAAGCCACUGGACAGUGUGUCGCAGUGGGUGGCGGGAGUUCGGGAUAUUACAGCAGCCUGUACACAGUAACUACCGUUGUCACAAAUACCGCCAGUGUCCCAUCACGGCCUACCAGCAAUACCCUUGUCACCGUGACCCCAGGAACGACAACCCAGCCUUUCGAGACACCAGUCGGUACCAACGGAGCAAUCAUCUAUGGUCCAACUGCCAGCGGCAGUGGUGGCUUGAGCGGCGGGGCGAUUGCCGGCAUAGUCAUUGGAGUCAUUGCGGGUGUCAUCCUUCUCCUCCUUCUCUGCGCAUGCCUCUGCUUCAAGGGCUUGAUCGACGGUAUUCUCGCGAUAUUCGGACUCGGAAAGAAACGAAAGCGCACAGAAGAGGAAGUCUACGUCGAGAGGCACUCGCAUCGCAGCGGUCGGAGUGGAGUCCACAAUAACCGAAGGACAUGGUUUGGCACACGCCCCGCCAGAACAGAUGUCGUUGAAGAAAAGAAGUCGAGUGGCAUCGGAAGAGCUGGGUGGGUGGCAGCCACCUUGGGAGGAUUGGCGUUGUUCUUAGGAAUGAAGAGACGAAAUCGAAAGGACGACAAGAGCAGUUCGGGCUAUGGAAGCUCGUACUACUCUGACUACACCGUUUCCAGCAGUGAGAGUUCGUCUGAUCGGAGAACGAGGAGGAGUAGUCACCACAGUCGAUCAAGAUCACGCAGGUAA